AUGGCAGAUCCAGAAAUCGAGCUGCCUCCGCAGCCCGAACAGGCAUAUUCCCGCGGUGAAGCUCCGGGAAUAAACGCAAAUACCCCGGGCAUAAAGAGCUAUGCUCCAUCCGAACCCCAACCUCGUACCGCACGAAAUUCGGUCGCAAAAUUCGAUGAAAAGAAUGACAGUCAGGCUGUGCCAGAGAGCGAAGAGGUAGAACCAGGAGACAUCGUUUUCCAUUAUCUCACUUACUCGACCGAACUGCCUCCACCAACAUCAAUAUGCCCGACCAGAGAGGGCCAACAACCGGCCCCUGAGGCACCGAAUCUCAAGAAAUACGAUAACCCAUUCGACUGGCCUGAGACCAGGAAGAACGUGACCGUCUAUUUCUCUUGCUUCAUCACGGCUUUGACCGCCUUCUCAGCUGGAUCAUACUCGCCUGGUGUUCAACAAAUGACUGAAGAAUGGCAUGUGAGCAGCGUAGCCGCGUUCGUAGGCAUAACAACAUUCACCUGCGGCUUCGCAGUAGCACCCAUGAUACUAGCGCCCUUCUCCGAGAUCAAUGGCCGCCGUCCUGUCUUCAUUGCUUCCGGCAUCCUCUUCGUGAUAUGCCAACUAUGUACAGGACUAACCCAGUCCUAUGCCGGCAUGCUCGUCGUACGUUUCUUCACCGGCGUAGGUGGAUCUACAUUCUCCACCAUGGUCGGCGGUGUCGUCUCAGACAUUUACCAUACCGAAGACCGGAAUACUCCCAUGGCCCUCUUCUCCGGCGGUGCUCUCUUCGGAACCGGCUGGGGCCCUCUCGUCUGCGGCUUUAUCGCGCAAAAUACAACAUGGCGCUGGAUCUUCUACAUGCAGGCCAUCAUGAACGGCGCCGCCGUGGCCCUGAUCUGCGUUACCUUCAAGGAGACCCGUGGCAGCGUGCUCCUUAGUCGCAAAGCCACAGCGCUCAAUAAGUGGUACGCCGCGCGCGAAGAAGCCGGCUACUACACCGUCAACAUGCCCAGCGCAGAUGGGAAAGCCGCCGUGCCCCAGCGCAUCCGCUGGAAAGUGAAGGAAGACGAGCUGCGCGCUAGCUUGAUGAGCAUGAUCCGCACCUCUCUCUUCCGGCCUUUCCAUCUCCUCUUCACCGAGCCAGUCGUCUUCUUCUUCAGCCUGUGGGUCGCCUUCUCCUGGGCUGUGCUGUACCUCACGCUCGCCGCCAUCCCGCUCGUCUUCCAGCGCAACCACGGCUUCUCGUUACAGCAAGCCAACGCGGUCUUCGCUGCUAUGUGCGUGGGAGCCAUCAUCUCGACAUUCAUCUCUAUAUACCAGGAGAAGAUUGCAAAGAAAUAUGGGAAAUUGACGAACACGCCCGAAGGACGGUUGUACUUUGCGUGCAUCGAGAGCGCGUGCAUGCCGAUCGGGCUUUUCAUGUUCGGAUGGACGAGCUUCUCAGGGAUCCACUGGAUCGUGCCGUCCAUUGCUGUUGCUAUUGCGACGAUUGGUAUAUUCAGCAUAUACCUGUCGACGUUCAACUACCUGGCGGAUACGUACCAUCGGUAUGCGAGCUCAGCACUGGCUGCGCAGAGUUUCUGCAGAAACAUGCUCGGUGGUGCCUUUCCCCUCGUAACCCGCCAGAUGUACAACGGCCUCACCUUCGGCGGGGCCUCCAGCCUCCUCGGCGGCAUCGGCACUCUGCUCACCAUCGUGCCAUGGGUGCUCGUCUUUUACGGGCCCAAGAUCCGCCGCAGGAGCAAGUUUGCAUCCGAAAUCAUGAAUACGCACGAUUGA